AUGAAUGCUGAAUUUCUUGCCUGCCAUUAUCAGAUCAAGGAGCUAUGGGACGAGGAAAAUCUGUCUCGCUAUGAACCAGGAGGGCAACAUCAGUGGGUCUCCCUGAAGAUCCUAACAGCCGACGCUACAUCCCGGUCCCGAGAGCUGCAAACGCUGCGUGCGUUGCAAGAGGACAACUCUAUAAAACAUGUCGUCCGUCUGCUAGACUCGUUCGUACACGCAGGACUUAACGGCAAUCAUCAAUGUCUCGUACUGGAACUGCUCGGUCCUAGUGUCGGCUAUGUCGUCAGCAACGAGUACAAUGAACCUGGGGAACGCCUCGAGGUGGAUACUAUUUUGAGAAUCACCAAGCAACUGCUUCAAGCCCUUGCAUCACUGCAUAAGGCCGGGUAUGCACAAGGAGAUGUCAGUGCACGCAACAUAGCUUUUACCAGCUCUUGUUUCAAAGACUGUUCCGAAGAACGCCUGGCUGAGAUUCUUGGGCCUCCAAAGACUGAAGAAUUGCGUCCAGUCGACGACGAGCCCUUAAAGGAUAGCUUACCCAAGUACAUCGUGGAAAGCACACGAUGGGAAGACUGGUUAGAAGAGGACGAAGAGGACAUUCGCCUUAUCGACUGGGGUGAAGCGUUUUGUCGAGGGGCUGAGCCUGUUAAAAUUGCACAGCCUUUUGGCCUGAACGCACCCGAGACCGUGUUUACCCCACGCAUCGACUACAGAAUGGACCUGUGGCGUGCUGGAUGGAUACCAUUCCUAGCGUACGGGAUUGACGGAUGGAUCGGUAAUAUGAUUGACUUCAAUGAAGACUUGCCAGCGGAAUGGCGACCAAAAUGGGAGGAAAUGAAGCGCACCACCUCAAAUGGUUUGGACGAAAUAUUAGGAUGA